UGUCCAGUAGGAUGGACCCUUUUCGAUAGAAGUUGCUACAGCUUUAGUAUGAAUCCUGCAAGCUGGACUUCCGCUCAGACUUCGUGCAUAAAUGGAGGUGGAAAUCUUGCGGAAAUUACCAGCGCUGUAGAGAACUCAUUCCUGGUCCACCUAAGAGACAACUAUUCAGAUAAAAAUGCUUGGAUUGGUUUGAGAAAGGCUAAUAAUAAAGGCACUUACACCUGGGUUUCAUCUGGAAAUGAUCCUAUAUUCACAUUCUGGGCAAGUGGCCAACCUAACCUUGCUGCUUCUCUGGAAGGCUGUGUUGAAAUAUGGUGGGCCGGAAAGUGGAACGAUUUGCAAUGCGAAACUAAACGACCCUAUUUUUGUGAACGUUCGGUAAUUGGUGCGUAUAGAUUGCCAAUUAACAGAACUGGAAAAUCUGAAGAGGAAACGAUCAGCCAAAGACCUGUUAAGAAAGACAUUACUGUCAUUUUUUUGUUAUUUUAA